GGAACAGAACAAUUACCUACACAUGAAAACAYCUCUGGAGGCCUUUUGGCGAUUUUUAGCUCUUUCUGAAAGUUUAAAUAUCUUCUGUGGAGUUGUCAUAUACUGACACAAUUCAAUUCGAUUUUAGAGCGUUAUGGGGGCUUUCUUGGCGAGAAAUAGGUACUCCCUUGUGUACAGUACUUCAGAAGGUGAUGAACUAGACCGGGAUGAAAUAACGCUUAUAUCAUACAGAAGACUAUCAAAUGUCAGCUUCUACCCAGAUCUUCCCGACGACCUUUGGCUUAGGAUAUUUUCGUACCUUGCCUUUGAAGACCGCAUGCGCAUUUGCYGUGUGUGUCAAGCAUGGAACCGAUUGUCACGUGAUUCAAAGUUCUGGAGAUUUGUUGAUUUUAAAAUAUUAAUUUCACCAGAAAACAACUUAGUAAACGACCUUAGUGUCGAGAAACUCAUUUCCUCUUCAACAGCGAUUCAAAUGGUAGAUCUUUCUGGAGUUCACUGUCAAUUGAUCACUGACCACACCCUUCAAUAUCUUGCUAAAUGUUGCCCUAGACUUCGGAAAAUUGACUUAUCAAAUAGACUUUUGAUAAGCAACUAUGGAAUUCAAGCUAUAGCACGCUCGUGCCCACUAGAAGAAAUCACUUUGAACAACUGCUGCAAAGUUGGCGACAAGGGYAUCAGUGAAAUAGCAAGAUGCACGGAGUUAACUUCUUUAUCAGUUGCUUAUUGCUUUAAGAUAUCAGACAGGAGCCUUAUCAAAGUUUUGAAGAAAUGUCAUCAACUUCAAGCACUUAAUAUCUCGGGAUGCACUAGAAUAACAGAUAAAACCAUAAUAACAUUAGGACAAUUUUCUAAGUCAUUGAACAAGAUUAUUCUUAAAAAUACACUGGAUAUUUCAAUCGAAGCCAUUGAAUCAUUAGUUCAAGGCGUGCCUGAUCUAUGCCACGUUGAGCUUGGUAUACUACAGGAUGAAGUUCGCACUAAAGCUGCGCUCAACAUCAUCGUGUUUUAUUGUAGUAGCUUGAGGUUUCUAAGUUUCCAGCAUCAUCACAGUCAGUUAGCAAYUGUAAGAGACACGAAAUUYGUACCAAAGAAAAGACUGUGUGACUUUGUAAAACGUUUAAGUAUUUCUCAUUUUGACUAAAGUCGGCAAUGUGAGGUUGCGUUGAGUCAUGCGGGACUCUUCAGUAAAGUGACUGAUUUUCGAUGUACAUCACCAACUGAUUGUAUUUUUUUGUUGGCGGAGGGAGCUGCGUCCUUUUAUUAUAACGUG